CUCCACCUCCUCCUUCUCUUCUUUUUCCUUCCUCAAACCCAAACGAGGAAAACAACCAGAAGAGGGGAUUCAUGUUCUUGUCUCGUUGAUCAAUCAUGCUGAGGUUUUUCUUUCUCUUCUCCCUUUUCAUACACUCUUGUGUAGUCGCACCCAAGACCCCUGCUGCUGCCGCAGCUGUUCCUGCCAAGAAAUGGCUCACCCUUACCGGACAAGAGCCUGCGGUUGUCGCCAGAGGCGGCUUUUCAGGUCUUUUCCCGGAGUCAAGUGCCCCUGCAAACGACAUGGCGGUUAGCACCAGCUCCCCUGGCCUCACAAUGUUGUGCAACCUUCAGAUGUCUAAGGAUGGCGUAGGCCUUUGCUUGUCAGAUAUUAGACUUGACAAUGCAACCACCAUCUCCACGCUCUUCCCCAAAGCCCAGAAGACUUACAAGGUCAACGGCCAAGACCUCAAGGGAUGGUUUGUCCUUGAUUACGACGCCGACACCAUCUUCUCCAAUGUCUCUUUGGUUCAGAACAUCUUCUCUAGGCCCAGCAUCUUCGACGGUCAAAUGCCAGUAUCUGCCGUGGAGGACGUCCUUGGAACCAAGCCUCCCAAAUUCUGGUUGAGCGUUCAGUACGAUGCCUUCUACAUGGAACACAAGUUGAGCGCAGCUGAGUACCUGAGAAGCUUGCGAUUCCGCGGCAUUAAUGUCAUCUCAUCUCCGGAGAUCGGUUUCUUGAAGAGCAUAGGGAUGGACGCAGGCAGAGCCAAGACAAAGCUCAUAUUCGAGUUCAAAGACCCCGAGGCCAUUGAACCCACCACCAACAAGAAAUACAGCGAGCUUCAACAGAACCUCGCAGCAAUUAAGGCCUUUGCUUCAGGCGUUCUUGUCCCCAAAGACUACAUUUGGCCCGUUGACACAGCUAAGUACCUUAAGCCCGCCACCACCUUUGUGGCUGAUGCUCACAAAGCUGGUCUAGAGGUCUAUGCUUCUGGUUUUGCUAAUGACAUGCGCACUAGCUUCAACUACAGCUUUGAUCCCUCCGCUGAGUAUCUUCAGUUUGUAGACAACGGCCAGUUCUCUGUUGAUGGCAUCAUCACCGAUUUCCCGCCAACAGCCUCACAAGCCAUCACUUGCUUUUCUCACCAAAAGGGCAAUCUCCCCAAAGUAGGGAAUGCCUUAGUUAUAACUCAUAAUGGAGCAAGCGGGGACUAUCCAGGCUGCACAGAUCUGGCUUACGAGAAAGCAGUCAAUGAUGGAGCAGACGUGAUUGACUGUUCUGUCCAGAUGUCCAAAGACGGAAUUGCUUUCUGCCAUGAUUCUGCAGACCUCACAGCAAGUACCACCGCCAUGACUACUUUCAUGUCUCGAGCCACCAGUGUUCCUGAGGUCCAGCCUACCAAUGCAUAG